GUGACCAGGCCACAUCUCCCCAGUGCUCCCUACUCAAGUUGAUUUGAACCCGUCACUAAAAGCCUCCAUGAAUCAAGACCCGCCACCGUUCAAUGGAACAUCCUAAUCUCACCCCUGAUUAUUGAGCCUGGCACACAACGUCCAUGUGGCGUGGCCUUGCGAGUCCAGUGUGGGACUGUGGGUGCUUUUGUUCCCCGCCACAAAGGCCAUAGUUGUCCUUUGAUUCAGUACCAAAAUCGUCCGUCAGACGGGGUGGCAAUCAGGGCCCCUACGUCACUGAAGGCGACCUGCUAGAUCCGUGCUAGCAGCAGUUUUUUAGGCUCCAGAUCAGUCUCAGCCACAGUACACACAUACUGCCUAAAGAACUCGUUCGAUCUCGUUGAAACGACACCCUUGGAAUGAUGAUGAGUCAGUGAUUGAACCAUUGAAGUUCUUGAUCAACGGCCGUAGUGGCAAUCUCUUGUUUUCCUUCAUCCUCUCUAUCCUUCCAAAUUAUCAGACUGAGUCAUCAUGUCCUCUAACGGCGAGAUCGUCUUGCCGCAAGGACAUUCGGGUCGACGGGAACGUCUGCCCGUGCCGCAGCCCGAGAAGAGUGAUGUCAACUUUUGGACUUACUUGAAAAAGUGCAUUGGCAAGGAGUUGUCCAAGAUCACCAUGCCGGUGCAAUGGAACGAGCCAGUGUCCCUACUUCAGCGGCUCUCCGAGUACAUGAAUUACGCCUACUUGCUCAGUACGGCGGCGCAAGUGGACCAAAUCGAGACGCGGAUGAGUUUCAUCGCCACGUUUGCCGUGAGUUCAUUGGCGGCCAAUUUCAAACGCAUGGGCAAGCCAUUCAAUCCGCUUCUGGGCGAGACCUACGAGCUGCAACUGAAGGACUUUCGCUUUUUUACUGAGCAAGUCUGCCAUCACCCGCCCGUGUCCGCGUUCUACGCCGAUAGUCCAGAAGGUCACUUCAAGUUUCACGGAUCGGUGAAGCCGCAAACCAAGUUUUGGGGCAAGUCCCUCGAGUUCCAGCCGAUCGGGGUGUGCUCAGUGGAGCUACCAAAACGGGACGAGGUGUACACGUGGAACAAUGUCAAUUGUGUGAUACACAACAUUCUAGUGGGCAGUCUCUGGAUGGAGCAGGUGGGCGUGAUGGACAUUGUCAAUCAGACUUCCAAUCACCGCGUGCUCCUCUCUUUCAAAGCUGGGGGAUGGUUUUCCGGUGGGGAUGAUUUACAUUUCGUCGAAGGCUUCUUAAUCGACGAGAAGAAAACCAAGCUGAGAUUCUUCUACGGCCGUUGGACCUCGUAUUUCUGCUCGGUGGAUAUCCCAAGCUUAGAAGAGUUCCUCAAUGCCUCCGUGGAUAAAGUAAAACCCGAUGCAUCUAACAUGCCGAAACACGCCCCGAUUGACUUGUGCGCCAUUCCUAAUUCCAAGGUCUUGUGGCAAGUCGAGCCCAGACCCGAAGACUCCAAGGCCUAUUACAACUUCUCUCAAUUUACCAUGGGCCUCAACGAGCUCUUGCCGAAGAUGGAGAACAACUUGUGCAGGACUGACAGUCGACUCCGGCCCGAUAUACGCGCAUUGGAAAAUGGCGAGCUCGACCAAGCGGCCGAGGAAAAAGAUCGCCUUGAGAUCAAGCAACGCGAAUAUCGGAAGCAGUUCAAGGGCAAGAAAGAAUCCGAAUGGUGGACUCCCAUAUGGUUUGAGCCUACGAAGAACGCGUUCACAAAAGAAGACGACUGGGCCUACAAAGGUGGAUACUGGGAAGGCAAGGAGAAAUAUCAAGUGCCUGAUAUCUUUUAGAGACUCGAUUGCUCAAUCCCGUGGGUUGUCCAAUGACUAAUUUACAUGACCAGCCCAGUAUAAAGGCUCUUUGUUGCAUUCAUAUACACUCCCUCCCCUCCGUUUCCUGCAAAAUCUGAUCUGAGUGAGAUGUGCUUCCCUCCGCGCUGUUCAACCGGACGACCAAUGAAAUGUGUUUGACCGCAUGACAAUAUAAUAUUGUUUGGAUAGAAAUAUAUCAGCAUAGUUGUCAUUCUUGGAACUCUGAUCAAACCAGGACGGUUGUGUUUAUACGAAACAUAUCUUGAAUUUGUUGAUUUAG